GAGAGCCAGAGUCCAGCUCGAGUUCAAGCCGCUCGGCUGGGGAAGAUGAGCCUGGCCCGGGAGGCAGCGGGGCUCCUCCGCCGGGGCUCCCGGCUCGGGGCGAGGCUCCCCUGGAGGAGAGAGUUACGUAGGCAGCAGGAGCUGAAAAACUCUGCUUGCCUGCAUUCAACAAUGCCGCCUUGUGACUUUGUACCUGAAAAAUAUGAGUCCUAUCCCUAUGAGCGCAUGCUGAAUAUCCGCAAAGGGAAUGUUUCCCCAUCUCAUAAAACCUAUUACAAUAAACCAUUGCUGCUACAUCAGGGGCACAUGCAGUGGCUGUUUGACUAUGAAGGUCGUAGGUACCUCGAUCUCUUUGCUGGGGUCGCCACUGUUGGUGUCGGUCAUUGCCACCCAAAAGUUACAGCAGCUGCCCAGAAACAGCUUGGUCGCUUGUGGCACAUAUCCAGCAUCUACAUGCACCCAGCAAUUCAGGAAUAUACGGAGAAAUUGGCUUCACUGCUUCCGGAUCCAUUAAAGGUGAUUUACCUAACCAAUAGUGGUUCUGAAGCCAAUGACCUGGCAAUGCUUAUGGCAAGGGCUUAUACACGCAACUUUGACAUAAUUUGUUUCAGAGGAGGAUACCAUGGGGGCAGUCCAUCCACGUUGGGUUUGACAUCCAUUGGAAGUUACAAGCACUGUGUUCCUACUGGCUUUGGCUGCCAAACAACAAUGCUGCCGGAUGUUUUUAAUGGCCCCUGGGGUGGAAGCCAAUGUCGAGAUUCACCAGUGCAAACAAUUCGGAAAUGUAGCUGUUCUCCAGGAUCUUGCGAUGCAAAGGAGCGUUACAUCGAACAGCUCAAAGACACGCUCGCCACUUGUGUGCCAAAGAAGAUAGCGGGAUUUAUUGCUGAGCCAAUUCAAGGUGUCAAUGGUGCAGUUCAGUAUCCCAUGGGAUUCCUUAAGGAGGCUUAUGAACUCGUGCGUGAAAGGGGAGGUGUAUGUAUUGCAGAUGAAGUUCAGACAGGAUUUGGUCGCACCGGUAGCCAUUUCUGGGGAUUCGAAGGCCACGGUGUGAUGCCUGACAUUGUUACCAUGGCAAAAGGAAUUGGUAAUGGCUUCCCUAUGGCAGCAGUCGUCACUAAAGCAGAGAUUGCAGAUUCCUUGGCUCAAAACUUGCACUUCAACACAUUUGGAGGAAACCCCGUGGCCUGUGUUGUUGGCUCUGCGGUUCUGGAUGCAAUAGCAGAAGACGGCUUGCAGAAAAACAGUGAGGCUGUUGGGACUCACCUACUGCGGGAGUUUGCUAAGCUCCGGGAUAAGUUUGAAAUCAUUGGAGAUGUCCGUGGAAAAGGGCUUAUGAUCGGGAUCCAGAUGGUCAAAGAUAAGGAGAGUCGCCAGCCCCUUCCAGCUGAGGAGAUGAGCCAGAUCUUUGAAGACUGCAAAGACCUGGGGGUGCUACUUGGGAAGGGAGGAAUCCAUUCUCAGACAUUUAGAAUUAAGCCUCCAAUGUGUAUCACCAAGGACGAUGCAGACUUUGCAGUGGAAGUUUUCCAUGCGGCUUUAACCAGACAUAAGGAGAAAACGGCGACUGCAAAAUAGUAUUCCCUCGAAUGUGAGCUACGCCGGCUGCUGCUGCUGAAAUGUUGCAGCUGCCUCUUCACAGGUUCUGUAGUAAGAAACGAUCCAAUUGCCAGGGGAUGUGAGAGACAGAGACGCACAGAGAGAGACGCAUUUAAGUGGCAUGUGUUUAUAUCUGUAUAAAAGCCAGAUCCUCUGAGCAGGAAUUGCCUGUCUGCAGAGGGCUUUUAAAAAUACUAUAUCCUGUCAAUGCAUGAUUUGGAUGGGGGGAGUGACGUUCCCCUUACCCCCUUCAAGCAGCUGAUCAGUGGAAUUUCAGCUCUCUCAAAAGGACGCCCCCAUUCCAGCAGCCUGUGUGUUUGAGCCUGAGUGCAAGAUGAACACUCAUUGCAUCUUCUCCAGUGUUUACCGUAAUGGGAAAAUGGGUGGAAUAGGAGGUGAACAUGUCAGAUGUGAAGAACUAUUGUUCCUGAGACUGCUGUCAAGCAAGGUUCCUUUUUAAAAAAAAAAUUAAAAACAAAUAGGGUUGGGCUUUUUGAUGCUGGCAUGUAGCCUUAUGCUGUAGCCAUUUUCUGGCAUUUGCCUGUGGCCUUGUUUUGAGCUCUUUAAGAUGCCUUAAGCUUGCCUAAGGGCAGAACUUAAAGGAUGCCGUCUCUUUCCUCACCGCAUUCACUUCCAAAUAAUGAGGCACAAGAGCAGGUUGCACAUUGUAGCAGUCUCUCUCUUAGAUAAAAUAACUAGGGCUCCAGUGUUCGAAGGGAAGGAAAUGUAAAACGUAAUCAAGUUCGCCCUCUAAAGUAUUUACCUGUAGGUGUAUGGGGAUCCCCCAGUUCCUUCCCUGAAGUUAGGAUAACUUCAGACAGAAGAUCCUCGUUGAGCCUGGCAAAGAGCCUGAGAGACAGGCAGAGAAAUUACAGCCACAGAAGCACAUGAAUCUGUAACUUCAGUGUCUUCAUUCCAGAAGGCCAGCCACACAAUACAAGAAUCCAUCAGCUCUUGUAUGUCUGUCCCAAGCAGAUGUUCUCUAAACAUAGAAAACAUUGAGCUGGAAGGAACCUCAAGGGUCAUCUAGUCCAACCCCCUGGACAAUGCAGGAAAAUCACAGCUAUUCUGCCUCCUGCCCGCCCGGGUGUUUAUGCUCUAUGCCCAGAGUAAAGGUGGGAAUUAAAAGCUUUUGCACUGUCAUACCAGCCUUUCUCAGCCCACAUAUAUGAUGUCUACUGGAUUGCCUCAGUGCCUCAAUAAGCAAAUAUAUGGUUGGCACAGUUUUGUGUAAUGGUUAAGAGCGCAGGACUCUAAUCUGGAGAGCCGGGUUUGAUUCCCCACUCCUCCACUUGAAGCCAGCUGGGUGACCUUGGGUCAUUCACAGCUCUCUGGAGCUCUCUCAGCCCCACCCACCUCACAGGGUGUUUUGUUGUGGGGAUAAUAAUGGCAUACUUUGUAAACCGCUCUGAGUGGGCAUUAAGUUGUCCUGAAGGGCGGUAUAUAAAUUGACUAUUAUUAUUAUUAUUCAUUAUCCUUAAGCCUCCUGAAAGCACAGGCAAGAAGGUAAAAUUUAAUCCUUUUCAGCUCUUUUACAAGAGCACAGUUGUUUUUGUCCCUCUCCCCUAGAGAUUUGUAUGAGCAUGAGGGGACUGUACAGCCAGUGAAAGAAGACUACUGGCUUUCUGUAGCUGAAUGAGUCGGCAAUUCUAAGCGAUGAUGAUGAUGUAUGCUAGAAUAACAUAGAUCAGAAGGGAGAUGGGUGAAUCAGCGGUCCAGAAGGAGGCAGGCAGAGAGAAAUUUAACCCAACGGCUACAAGGUGGGUGGAGAAUUUUUUUAAAUAAAGAAAUAAGUGCACAAAUAAUUACAUGGAAUUAUCUUAUAAUAAAACUGCAAUGUA